AUGUCUUCCGAACCGCCUCUUUCGAUAUCAACUCUGCCACCAGAAGAGCUGUUUGUAGACAGAAUCAGUGAAACCUCAUGGUCUGACGCCGCGAUAGAAGCCAACGAAUGGCCAACCUUCCAGCCAUCAAUGCCGCUCUCUACCCAUCUUACCGAACUUUUCGAAGAGAAUGUCACGGCCAAAGUCUGUCGCACCGCGACAACGUCGCUUCAAGAGCAGAUAUCCCCAAUUUCUGGCGAGAUCCGGAAGACUCCGAUCGCCUUUCCAGAGAUUAUACCCCAGGACGGCCCCAAUGCGGGCCAGUACGAGUUCCGAGAUCCAGACUUCUGGACCUGCGGGUUCUUCCCAGGAACGUUGUAUGCCCUAUUGGAGCGAACUGUUAAGCACCCGCAAAUGAUGCGACUCACUGAUGUAGGGUCUGGCCUCAGUGUCGCCAGCCUCCGCCAGCAUCUGCGGGGACUGUGCAAGAUCUGGGCUGAUCCCUUGCACGACAUGGCCGGCCGGACAGACACGCACGACAUUGGCUUCAUCAUUAUGCCAGCGCUGCAGAGGGACUGGGAGCUGAAUGGUAACGAGAAAAGUCUCGCUUCCAUCGUCAGGGCCGCGCAUUCUCUUGCGACUCGCUAUGUUCCCGCCGCUGGCGCUAUCCGCAGUUGGGACUGCCUCUUGAAGAAAGACAUCACUGUGACGGACAUGACGACGAAUCUCCUCGCUAUAGUUGACAGCCUAUGUAAUUUGGACCUGCUAUUCUACGCCGCAGCACAUACCGGCGACAGUACCCACGCCGAUAUCGCCACCACGCACGCCCGUACACUGUUACACACGCACCUCCGGCCAGAAUCUGAUGGAUACAGAGGUCAGCUUUAUUCGACGUGCCACGUUGCCAACAUCGAUCCGGCCACCGGUGAUCUCAAGUGGCGUUGGACGGCCCAGGGAUACGCGAACGAUUCCACGUGGGCUCGUGGCCAGGCGUGGGCUAUCCUGGGGUAUGCUCAGACCUACCAGUGGACUCGAGACAGAGCUUUCCUUGAGGCUGCCUUGGGUGCUGCGGAGUACUUUCUGUACCGGCUCGACACGGCGCCUUCGUGUGUUGAUAUGCCGGUGGUCGAUGGGGACACAACAUAUUGUUGCUCUCGAGAUGGGCUGCGAAAGAAGACCAAAGGCCGAAGGGUUCCUCUUUGGGACUUUGAUGCCCCGAUACAGAAUGCGGCGGAGCCUCUGCGAGAUUCAUCGGCCGGUUUGAUUGCUGCUAACGGCAUGUUGGUGCUGACACAAGCACUCAGAGGCAUCGAAGAAAAUAUUUUGGCGCGGCGGUUCUUCGACGCGGCGGUUGAGAUCGUCCGAGACACCCUCGACUACUCACUUGCGGAUGAAAAGGCUCAGUUCACCAGAGCUAGCAGCGAGGCGGGGUUGGAAGUCGAAGACUCCAUCGCUGAUCGAUGUUUCGACGGCAUCAUCAAGCACGGAACGGCCAAUAACAACGAGAAUGCCAGACGAAGAUACUGGAAUCACGGUCUCGUUUACGGGGAUUACUAUCUUGUUGAGUUUGGGAACAGGCUUUUGAAUAUGGGAUUGGUGUAGAGUAUUAGUGCUGUUUUCCGAUUAUAGACCUGGCUUACUUUAAAUCAAUAGAGACGCUUGCUUUUUACCAUCCUCCACCAUCGUAUUCAGUUUCAAAAAUGCCGUCAUCGUAGCUGAUGAUCCUAUCCAUGUCCAUGAAUUGUUGGUCGAGGAGCAUCUGCGAAAUGUUGCUCAAAUCGCCACUACCGACGCUGCUUCUGUGGUACAUGGAGGGCUGGGCCAUUGGCUCAGCGCCAUUGAUGCCUAGACUUGGGAUUACGAGCAUUUCAUUCUGCGUUGGAUUGGUGAAUGAUGCCGGAUUGUUGGAUGGGAGUGGUUGAGCCACGACGAUGGUGUCGAGACUACCUGCAGGGGGCUCGACCUGUGUAUCUGCGAACCGUCUAUUUCGU